GAGGAGCGCCGGCAGCAGAAGAAGCGAUAACAACUAGCAGAAGGCAGGCGGUCCAAGAGGCAGGGAUGGCGGAGGCCGUGAAGCCCCGGAGCAGAGCCAAGGCCAGCCGGGGCAAAGCCAAGGAAAAAAAGAAAAAGGAGGAGAGAAUCGUAACCCCACUGCUCCUUCCCAGCACAGUUAAAGAUGAAGAAGGAUCUUUCCAGUCCCACGAAUCCCAGGUGGAACACCUUCCAGAGUCCACGCUUGAUAGUGAAGCAAAGGAAAGAGAAACUGCGUGUGAUGCCCCACAGAAUGUGGCAGCCCUUGAUCAUGAAGAAUCUCUAGCAACCCCCCUGUCAAAGCCCCCAAUACAGGUGGAAGAACUCAAAAAAGCUUUGCAGGAGGAAAAAAACAUGGGAGGAGAAGGAGCCAAUACUCAGAGCAGCCUCGUGGAAGCAAAAGAGGCAAGCUCUAACCUAUCAGAAAGUAGGAUUCCUUGUGUACCUUCAACCAAAGAAAGUGGGCAGGAGCCAGAAACAGGGAAUAUUGAGGAUUAUGCAAAACAUUCAUUUGUUUCUUGUUCAGAAGAGGCUCCUGCCUCCGUCAGUGUCCCCAGCAAAGAAGCCAAAGAGCAGGUUCCAAACUCUGGUUUCAAAAAACUAUAUCCAGCUUUGCCAUUGGAAUUAUUCAGUGACAGACUGUCUGAACUUUCCAUCCAGACCCCGUUGCCUAAAGGAGGGAGACUUUAUCCGGAGAUUCCAGUAGAACCAGAGCUGGUGGCUUUUACCAAAGAGCAACUGAAGGUCUUUGAGCCGUGUUCCUGGCUGGAGAAUGUCGAUUCCUACGUGGAAGAGUUUGGGAAUGUUGCACAUCAAGACAGGCAUGAGUUCUUUGAGUUGUUACUGAACUACUGGCGCUGCCGGAAGCAGCUUCUCCUGGCCGAGGCAGAGCUGCAAACCUUGACCUCAGAUUGCAAAAAUGCCAAAGGCCGCCUAUGGACUUUCAAGGAUGAGCAACAGACUGUCCAGGGUGUUUGUGCCGAUCAGUGCAAAGUGUCUGGCCACCAUCGUUACCAGACAGUGGAAGUAAAUGAGGGUGCCUUGGGAGAACUGAAGCGUCUGUUUGAAGCCCAGGCUGAGCAUGUGCACCAGACAUUGGCCUUGCACCUCUAUACCUCUGUGCUGUCCCGCCUUCAGGUGGAGUCUUACAUCUAUGGACUGCUCAGCAGUUCUCCCUUGCUGAAGUCUCUGGGCAUCCAGCAACAUGAUCGAGCUCUUAAACAGGACGAAGACUGUUCCUCAGACUUGGGGCCCUUGAAGGAAUGCAUCAGUGUUCUCUUCAGUUUUACCCGCAGGGUCGUUGAAGAUCCACAGUUUCAGAGUGAUGUCCUCUCAUGGCUUCAGAGGCUGGUGUCAGUCUUACAGAGGGUUGGCUGUCCAGGGGACCAUCUCUUCCUCUUAAACCACAUCCUUCAUUGUCCUGCCGGUGUCAGCAAAUGGGCUGUUCCAUUCAUUCAGAUUCAAGUCCUUGGUAACCCAUCUGGGGUCUUCCAUUUUAUGCAGUCCCUUGCUUUGCUGAUGUCUCCUGCCAAAAACCGAGCAGAGUUUAUGUGCCAUAUGAAGCCAAGUGAGCGAAGGAGCUCCUCGUCAUCUGGAAAGGAGUCUGGAAACUGGACUUUAGUUGAUGAAGGAGGAGAAGAGGAUGAAGAUCCUGAUACUAGUUGGAUUCUCCUUCUUGAAGAUGACUUGAUAGCACUUCUGUCUCAAUUCCCUUUUCAUGAACUCUUCCAGCAUCUUCUUGGAUUUGAUUCUAAAGGUGUUUAUGGUCCUGAGAAAACAACCUCCCAAGAAAUGAUGAAGAUCUUUGCAUUUGCCAACUCUUUGGUGGAACUUCUUGCUGUGGGGCUGGAAACCUUUAACCGAGCCCGUUAUAGGCAAUUUGUGAAACGAAUCGGCCGCCUCAUCAGGAUGACACUUUGCUAUGUGAGUGAUCACUGGGCCCAGUACAUCAGCCACGUUAAAGGCUAUGGCUACCCAACACACCCUUACUCAGUGGAGAAACUGCAAGUGGAGUUCGAUGAACUCUUUCUGCGGGCUGUCCUGCAUGUACUAAAAGCUAAAAGGCUAGGAGUGUGGCUCUUUAUGUCAGAGAUGCCAUAUGGAACUCUGUCCAGUAAUAUGCUAUGGAAGCUCUUCUUCAUCAUGCACUGUGCAGAGAGUGAGAACCUGGAGAAGUUAUGUGCCACUGUACAGCUUGAAGACUGUAAAUGCCAACUCAAAGAUCCAGCCCACUUGGAGAGUUUUGAGAAGUAUCUCCAAGGGAUGAAUGGCUCUGAGGAGAUCUGCCUGCUGACGACAUUUGCACAGAUGGCUCAAACGAAACGGGAUGACGCAGACGAGGACUUUGUCAAAGUCAUUGUGCUGGAAAUCUACGAGGUUUCUUAUGUCAGCCUUUCCACAAGAGAAACUUUUUCAAAGGUUGGCCGGGAACUCCUGGGAGCCAUAACUUCUGUCCAUACAAGCAUGAUUUCUGUUCUGCUAGACCGAGUCAGAGAUACCAUAGAAAGGGUCGGCAUGGUUUCUCUUUAUUUGUUUAAAGAGCUGCCGAUGCAUCUCUGGAAGCCAUCUGCUCCAGAAAUUGCCCUGAUCCGCAACUGGCUCCUGAAUUACAACCUGACCGAAGUUGAGAACAAAUUGGCAUGUAUAAUUUUGGAAGGGCUCAACUGGGGACCAAGUGAGCAUGGUACCCUUCAUCUUGAUCCAGCAAUCCAUGCUGAAAUUGCACUAAUGGUCUUAGAAGCUUACCAAAAGUACCUCUCUCAGAAACCAUACAGUGGGCUGAUCUCUGAAAGCAUCAAACAGGUCUCCUACUUGGCCAGCAUUGUCCGUUACGGAGAAACACCUGAAACUUCUUUUAACCAGUGGGCUUGGGGACUGGUGCUGAGAUUGAAACUACAUAUGAAUGAUUAUGGCAUCCAGCAAGGCUGGCAUUCCACUGCUGUCUCCCAUACAGUGCUUGAGCUGAUUGAAUCACCCACAUUUCACCCACUGCUAAAGGCUGUCAGAUCUGGACUCCCCAUCGGUUGCUACCUUGCAUUGGCCAUGACGGCAGUGGGCCACAGUGUUGAGAAGUUCUGUGCUGAAGGGAUCCCUCUCCUGGGCAUUCUUGUGCAGUCGCGUUAUCUGAUGACAGUUGUUCAUGUGCUUGACAAAGUCUUACCGUUGUUCUACCCGUGCCAGUAUUAUCUACUGAAAAAUGAACAGUUUCUGUCAUACCUCCAUCAGUUCCUUCAACUGGACAGUGGUGUUCCGCAAGGGAUGACACAGCAGGUGACGCAGAAGGUCACUCAGCACAUAACUGGGACAAGUUAUGGCGAAAACAUUAAGUUGCUCAACUGCAUGAUACAGAGUCAUGUUUAUAUAAGUAGCCAGCCCAGUGGCAUUGGGCCAGCUGCUGUCCUGGAGUUCUGGGUCCAGGCCCUCACCAGUCAGCCACUCUGGCACAAGGAAAGAGCCAAUCUCUGCCUGAUAGAUCACUUAUGCCAAGCUGCAUUUCAGUUCAACCAAGAAGACUGUGUCCAGAAACUACUCUACCAGCAACACAAGAAUGCUUUGGGCUACCACUGUGACAAAGGGCUGCUGUCUUCCCUAGUCAGCUGGAUUGUGGCUGGCAACAUCACACCUUCUUUCAUUGAGGGAAAUGCUAAUCCCACACAGAUUUGGUUUGCCUGGACCAUUCUGAAUACAGAAUCAAUAUUUGAAGAGGAUUCCCAACUUCGUAGGGUUGUGGAAAGAGAGUUGGUCAUCAACUCCUUGACUCCUGAUCAGGCUCUAAAGAGAGCUCAGACCCAGCUGAAGUUGCCUAUUGUGCCUUCUCUUCAGCGGCUUCUUAUCUACCGUUGGGCUCAUCAAGCAAUUGUUACGCCGGCUGAUCAUCCCCUCCUUCCUCUCAUAUGGCAGAAAUUCUUCCUUCUCUACCUUCAUCGACCAGGACCACAGUAUGGUUUACCUGUAGAUGGUUGCAUUGGGAAAAGGUUUUUCCAAAGUCCUGUUCACCUGAGCCUGUUAAGUGACCUGAAACAGCGCCUGAUUGAGGCAGCAGACUUUCACCACUCAGCCAGCAAAGCACUCAGGAUGGACAGCAGAGCAAGUAGCAGUGAAAACUUAGCAGAAAGGGGAUCCACCAAGCCUGACCACUUGACCUCCCCUGAACUUCACAAGGAGCUUGUCAGGCUUUUCAACAUGUAUGUUUUGUGGCUGGAAGAAGAGAGCUUUCAGAAAGGGGACACGUAUAUUCCCUCUUUACCAAAGCAAUAUGAUGCUCACCGGCUUGCCAAGGUCAUGCAGAACCAGCAGGAUUUGUGGAUUGAAUUUGUCAAUGUUGAAUGUAUUCAGCAUGAAUUCCAGGAAGCACUAGACUCCUGGUUUCAAGCCCGGGUAGAAUCCCAUGUGACCUCAAGUACUAUGUCAGCACAAACAGACUUCACCAAUCCUCUGUUGGCCAAGGAGAGAAUUAUCAGCAGUUUAAAGAUAUAUGAUGUUCCUCAGGCCUCUCUUUCCCUUCAGCCAAUGAAAGCUCCAGUGCCUAUUAUAUCUUCUGCUAGCUUGGUCAGUCCAAGUGAAUCCAAAGAACUGACUCGUGCCAACCUCCGCAUCCUGCAACACCAUGCCAAAUCUGCAGCCCUGCGGGAAUCCCAACAAGUCGCUUUCAACAAUGAAAUAUUGGAUACGCUGCCGAAACUUUACACCAAUAGAGAAGAACAAGUUAUCAUUCCACUAGAGUGUCGUGGGAGUUCUGGCAAAGGUUGCCAGGGAGCCUCACUUGUCACAAUCCAGUUUGAAGGAAAGUACAAAAAUGAAGCUGUUGGUCAGCAGCUUCAUGUUUUGGAGAAAGAAGUGAAACAACUGCAAGCAGAAGCCACUAAGCCACCUUCUCUGAGUGUUGUGGAAGCUGCUGUUCACAUGGAAAACUUUAUAACAGCUUUAAUAAAUCUCUAUAAACGUCAGUCUGUGCCUGGGAUUCAUCGAGUUGGGAUCAAUCUGUUCUAUGCACUGGUGGGAUUUGUCUGCGAUGAAACACAGCGUCACCCUCCAUCCAGGCAGUUCUUUACCUCCUGCAUAGAGAUCCUGGGGCAGGUGUUCAUUGCAGGAACCAAGUCUGAAUGCAAGCCGGUGCUCCAGACCAUUCUAAAGAACCGGAGGCUCUGUACCCUCCUCUCCCCUUACUUCACUCCUGUUGCUUCCCCAGAAGAAUUUGUGAACUUGUAUGAGAAGGUUGUGUCUUUCCUUGGUGAUGACAAUAGCGAUGUCAUCUUCAUGCUGCUUACAAAGUUUGACCUCCCACAGUGGCUGCACAGCUCAAGGCCUUUGCUCUCUGAACGCACAAGGCUUCUGGAGUCAAUCCAUUUGGCCCUCAAGGCCUGUGGCUUUGCACCCGAGGAAGACAUCUUGAUGCCUUUUUCUAUCUUCUGCAAGCACUGGACCUGCCUCCUCCUGUACCAGUUUCCUGAUCAUUACAGUGGCUUUCUGAGACUACUCAUGCAAAGUUCUUCAGAUCAGCUUCUCAGCCCUGACUGUUGGAAGGCAUCCCUUACAGCCUUGGGUUGCACAUCUGUGGCAGCUCAACAAGACAGUGGGAAAGAGGAGGCAAAAGAGAGCAUCCCAUUGCAAGCUUCUGUGGAGCCAUUUCUUUCACCAGAUCAGGUCAUGGAAACAAUAGAAUGGCUUUCAGACUAUUUCUUCAAAUUGCGCUCAUCUUCACGAGAUUUCCAGAGCUUUGGGUUGUUUUCAAAGUGGGCUCCCUACAUCACUGAAGUGAACCACUUCAUGGAAUACCUUGUCAACUGCCUCAUUGAUUCAGAAGUCAUCAGCUUAUCCCAAGAGCCAGUGGGCAGCCCCAGGGUUCUGACAGCACUACGUUCUUUGCAUUUAGUCAUCACCAAACUCUUUAAACCUUGGAUUGAAGUUAUGGAGAGAGAAGAUGCAAGCAAACAACCUUCUUACCCAUGGUUAGAGAGUGACACUCCUGUAGCUUCAGAUGUGGUGCGGCUGUAUGCUUCCAGUAUAGACGUUUUGCAUGAAAGUUUUAAAGAUAAGCUGUUACCAAGCCACCAUGGGGCACUUUGGCUGCAUCUGAUGCACUAUUGCAAGUCAUGUACAGCUCCCAAAAUGCCAGAGCAUAUUCUCUAUACAUUUCAUAGGGAGUUUGGUCGUCUUCCCUGGAAGGAGAUGCACCCAGACCGGCAACUUAUGGAGGAAUUCUUUAAAGUGGAAAGGGGCAGUCCCAAAAGCUGUUUCAUAUUCCUGGGCUCAGUUUUAUGUGAAGUCAACUGGGUUAGUGUCCUCUCCAGCGCCUGGAAUCCUGACCCACCUUUGGAAACUCAUGACAUGAUUGUUUGUCUCCUCUAUAUGGUGGUCCUGCUGGCAAAAGAGGAGCAGCUUCUAACCAAAGAGGAGUCACCACUGCUCAAUCUCCUUGGACAGACCAGCUCCCUUCCAUGGCAGCUCAUCAGCAUCUUGUCCUAUGAAAACAUUAUCAGCUAUUUCAACAGCCACUACCCUCCUUCCAUCAUCCUUGCCAAGGAACCAGCCGCUGAACUGAUUGUGAAGCUCUUAAAGACAUCUGCAGGGUUUGGCGCCUCUUCUGAUAGCCAUGUGCAUCUUGAUGCCACCCUCAAGUGCCGAGCCUACAUCCAUCAGGUUGUCCAUUUUCUCAGCAUCCUGGAGCAAAAUGGGAAGAUCACUCUGCCAGCUCUGGAACAUGAGAUGUCAAAGCUGCUAGAUGAUAUUGUCAUCUUCAACCCCCCAGAUGCGGACCUGCAAUUGCGCCACCUGGCCUUAAGCAGCCUCUUUACAGAAGCCUUGAUGCUGAUGAACAGUGCCAGUGUUUCCACAGCUGAGUCUCUCCGGGUCAGUUUACGAGGCUGGAUUGACAGCACAGUGCACGGUUUAGGGGUCAUGCCUCUCUUAACGGCUGCCUGCCAGAGUCUGGCAUCAGUCCGACAUAUGGCAGAGACCACAGAGGCAUGUGUUACAGCCUAUUUUAAUGAAGAUGCUCCACUCAACCAAGAUUUGGGCUGGGGACCCAUUGUGGCCUCCUUGCAAGUUCCCGAACUCACUUCUGAAGACUUCCUGCAGGAGUGCCUUUCCCUGGGCGGCUACCUAACUCUCUAUGUCUACACGUUACAGCAACUGAAUGCUGAACAGACCUUGGCCAGUGAAAUGAAAGUGCUGCUGAUGCUGAGCAAAUGGUUGGAUCAGGUGUAUCCCAGCUCUGCAAAAGAUGAGGCCAAGCUGUUCCUUUGGUGGCACAAAGUCCUGCAGCUCUGUCUUCUUCAAGUGGACCAGGAGGAUGCUGUGUUGAUGGAGUCAGUCAUCCGGAUCUUGACAUCUCUACAAGCCAGGCAGAACCUGCUGGCUGAAGAGAGGCUCACAUCUGGGAUACUUGGUGCUAUUGGGCUGGGCCGGAGAUCUCCUUUGUCAAACAGGUUCCGUGUGGUUGCCCGGAGUCUGUCUGUUUUCCUGUUGGUACAGAUUCCUGUAGAGAAUCAGAUCCGACUGAGGGCUGGUGUGGAGCUGCAGCUGUCUGGCAGAGCGCAGCAGGCCAUGAAUGCUCUUGACUCCCUCAUUUCCAACAAACAAUACAUGGAAUAUCAGGAACAGAUCUCUCAAGCUUCUCAGUUUAUCAAGGAUUCUUGUCAUUCUCUUCGUGAUGGAAAUAACCUUCUGGCUAUUCUUGUCAAUACUUUGUAUCCAGAAGUGCAUUAUUUGGAUGCUAUACGAUAGCAAUAGGAGAGGGUAGGUGGCUUUGCCCCACCUCUCAUUACAAUCAUGGAUUUAUCUUCUGUUUACAUUUGACAGUGAUGUUGCACAUGAAAGUGACUUUAUUAAAGGCGUUCCGCUUUAUCAAAGGGGAAGGAAGAGACAGUGGAAAUAAGCAAGUCUGCAAACAAGUGUUCUGCUGUAAAAGUUCAGAAACUGCUUGAAUUUCUACCACAGGAAAAAAAUCUCCUUGGCUGUUCAGCUUAGAGUUUGAUUCAGUGUGAGAGUUUAUUUUCCUUUCAGUGGAACUUGCAACAAGAGACCUUCAUACUGGAUAUUGCUUCAAGGCUGUAAAGCACAGAGUGGCCAACUUGUGCCCUGCCCAGACAUUUUUGGACUACAAAUCCCAUCAUGUACCUCCAUUGGCCAGGCUGCCUUGGGCAUCCAAAAACAUCUUGGAGCAGGAAGCACUACUGUUUUUUCAAAACUUUUGUAAAGGAGACUUGAGGAUAGAGGGCAGAACUUGAAAAAGUUACACUUUUGGAUUACAACUCCCUGAAUCCCCUAGCCACUAAGGCUUUGCCAUCUAGUGGACUCUUGAGCUGUAAUCCAAAAAGCUAACUUUCCUGGACUCAGGCUGAUGAUUGCUGUACUGAAAUAGUGCCAUAUUAUGUGUGAGAGUGUGGGGUUUUUGCUGGUACUUUUCCAGUUUAAUUUUGCUUUUGUGCCUUUUUUUCCUUUUGACUGUGAAAUGUGUAAGCAAAGUUCUGUAUAUAAUAAGAAUUUUGGACCAUCCUUGAACUUAUGCUUUUGCAUAAUCCAUUUCUGUCCACCUGUCACAUAUGUAUUUUUGAUGGUUUAGUCUUAAUAAUGAAUCCUUUGGAGUCUCUGCCACAGAGAAAACCUUUAUACACACAUCUCUAUCUCUGCAGAGAGAAGCUGAGUUUAUUUGUUUAAGAAAGUCUAGAAGGAAGAGAUCUUCUGUAAGUUUAUCAUGUGCUUGGAAUAAGUCAUUUGUUUUCAUGUUGCUUUAGAGGAAGGAUAAAAUGAGCAGAGAACAAGCUGUCUGGAUUGAAUGAAUCAGAAAAGAGAGUAGAUUUAUUUUAUGUGUAAAAGAGUUUAAAAGAGUUUAAUAAGGAACCUUAUUUUCCUGUAACAGUUACCGUUUGGACCAUUGUUCCAGCAGAGUAGCAAACUUUUAAGAAUCCAAGUGAUUUCCCCUUGGAACAGAGCUCUGUGCAACUCAGAAACUUGCUACUCUGCUUCUAGUUUUUUUUAAAAAUCAUGAAUUCUUUGUAUUUUGGGUUUUUCUCAAUAAUACAAAAAGGGCUGAGUUCAACUCCUUCCCUCUUAUUGAAAUGGAGACUGCUAAGCUGGUUUUCCACAUGAAAGUGAAUUCUAUAGAAAAUAAUUGGACACUCCUGAUUAAGUUGCUUUAGAAUGGGACAGCCGUCCUGUGGAAAGUAACCCUAUGUAUUCCUUUGUUUUGCUAAGUUGAGCUAACACUCCAGAAUGGCCUGUCUGAAAGGUACACUAUGAUGAAUUAUAAUUAUUAGUUUCUAUAUUGGACCUCUGAAGCUGAUUAUUCUGUUGUUGCCUUUUUUGAGUGUGUUUUGCUGUUCCUUCCCUUCUGGAAAAACAAAAGCCAAGUUUAUUUUAACACGUACACAAUGCCUUGUGAAGUUGUUUUUAUUUACUUUGGCAGCAAUUUAAAUUCUACCCAAAAGAACCGAGAAUGUGAAAUUGUUCUGCUUUUUGAUCAUUGCUUGUUGGUGUUUCAUUUAUUCACGUAGGUUCCAGCAAACUCUUUGGGCAGCAUUGUGUUCAUACUUAGGGAAUUUUCUCCUGCUAUAUCUUCAACUUUUCAACUCCACACAGCUCAUGAUAUUCUAUCCAACUGUCCCUUUCCCAACGCAUCAGCAUCUUGCUCUGGCAGAUAGUUAAUUGCCUUCAACUAAUUAUUGCAGAAUCACUGUGAUAAUUUAUCGCUAAUUGUUAUUAACUGAACAUUUGGCAUCGAUUCAUUGUUGCAAUUUCUGAACUAUUUCCUUUUCUCAUCUUGCCAAAUUAUGAAAAUGAGGUGGUUGUGGUAGGACCUUCAGAACUUGCUUUGUGGACUAAAUUUUUGGGCGGAUAUUUUGGGUUGCAACUUUGGUGCAUUGGCAAGAACCAUAGCGGGUGAGAGGGAUAGACUUGGUGUUUUCUUCAAGUGGAAAAAAGCAUAGCUGCUCUAUUAUUAUUAUUUUUGAAGUGGGAAAGAUGGUGGAAGAAGAAAAUUCUGUGCUGUUACUUGGCUCAGUGUUAAUUAUUUAAAACAAAACAUGCCUGUGAAAAUGCAGAAAAUAUGUGUGCAUCUGGCAUAAGAGUUUUAAUACAGGAAAUGCUGUUCUGGUUGUGGCUUUUACAGAACAUGUGUUUACAGUGGUUUGUGUCUGUAAGGACCACAGGAAAUAAACAGUGAGAAACGUUGGACUAUUCUUGUCAUAUUAGUUGUGAAUGGUUUGCUUUGUUUUUUGGGAUAUCAGCUGCAAGGAAU